CCAUCCAGCAUCAGGGCUGAAUAACUGAUCUCUCUCUAUGGGUCAGGGGGACGUUAGUGGGACGUUUCUCUCUCUAUCCCUCCAUGUGAUUCUGUCGCUUCUUCCCAUCACGUAGUGAACGGCAGCUGCUGGACCCCCCCUCUCAAAGUCUAACUGAAACUACCCUCCUCCUCUCCUCCUUUCUCUCUACGUGUGUGAGUGAGUGAGUGUGCAGGGAGACGAAGCGGCAGGCAGGAGGAAGCACCAAGGACGUCCUUUUUCCAGCCCCUGGAGCCGGAGAUGCAAAGGAGCAGUUAGAUUAGCCCGUGCUGCUGUUACCUGCUGCAGGAUAACUUGGUCCCGGAGGGUGCUGCAGCUGAAGCUCUGCUUUCUGAUCCUUGUUCGGUGUGUAAGUGUGUGAGGAGGAUUUCAGCCGGUCGCCGGACGGAGAUCUGGCAACAAAGGACUUCUACAUUUCUGCGUCUACUGAAUGUAACAUCGCUCGGAUAAGGCAGGCGAGGAAUUAAAAGCCAUCAUCAUGAAUUUCGUUAUGAAGCAAGCUUUGGGAGGGGCCACCAAAGACAUGGGCAAAAUGCUUGGUGGGGAGGAGGAGAAGGAUCCUGAUGCUCAGAAAAAAGAGGAAGAAAGGCAAGAGGCACUGAGGCAACAGGAAGAGGAGAGGAAGGCCAAAUAUGCAAGAAUGGAGGCGGAGAGAGAAAACAUCCGACAGGGCAUCAGGGACAAGUAUGGCAUCAAGAAGAAGGAGGAGAAGGAAGCAGAGGCGGCGGCUGCUAUGGAGCAGGCCUCCGAGGGCAGCCUCACCCGUCCGAAGAAGGCAGUGCCCACCGGCUGUGGUGACGAGGAGGAAGAGGAGAGCAUCGUGGAUACGGUCAUGAAAUUCAUCCCAGCCCCGCUCAUGGAUAUGUUCAAUAAAAAGUAACAGUGUUUUGGGUGAAAUAUGAGGCUGUACCACCCACACCCACAGUCACACCCUUCUUCACCUCCCUCCCACCGCUACAACCCAAGUUCUAAGUGUCCUGGAGUUGAUCAACCUGCCAUGACUCUGCCUUUGAGUGAAACUACACGAUCUUUGAUGGUGGUUUGUACUUCGACAGAGCAUCUUGCUUGAUAACCUGUGAUUAUAACCCUAUUUUAAAAAGUACAUAACGCCAUCACAGACCUAGUGUCUUCACUUUAAGGCAAAGUGAUACCAUGUCUUGUCCAAAGUCCAAGACCAGUUAUCACCCAUCACUCACCCUUUGUGUUUGUAAAUAGCCUCGGGUUAUAAAAGAAGUAUAUAUGAGUGAAAUAUGACAUAUAACAAGUUGAAUAAGAGUAUAAGCCAUAUUUUUAACUUUUAAGGAAGUAUCCAAAUCGUAUCAAAAUUUGAUUCAAUUCUCUUAUGUUCUUGCUAAUAUUUGAUACAUAUAGUGUAUAUAAAUACUUGCAUUUUUAUUGGUUCUCAGCUAUUACGAUUCACCCCAUAAACUGUUCCUUAUGAUUUUAUUGGUUUACUGUGAAAGUGUUAAUUGAGCGCUGGUAAGUGAAGAAAACCAUCAUUUGAAAUGUUUUUGUUUUGUUGACUUUUUUAAAGCAUGCAGUAAACUUUCGUGAAGUACACAUAUGAACACCAUUUCAUUUUCUGAUGAAGUGAAACAGUCACAUUUGAGGCAAUAACUGGUUUUCCAUUUGGAUCUGUCUGACAUCUUGUUGGCCCGUGUACAGUAGGCGAUAAUGGACUUUGAGUCUGAAAUGCUCUUCCAUGGGGAAAACUAUAAAUGUUCUCCACACAUAAAGUUUGUCUCAAAUCAGUUAGAUGAAAUUCUUACUAUAAAUCCACUUGCUAUAAAUGUUUGUGUUUUAAAAUCAGUUUGAUGUCCUCGCUUUGUUUUUGCAACAGGACGUGUAAAAGUUUGACCAGGCCUGUUCAUUUUAGUUUGUUAACAUUUUCAGCACUUUUCAUCAAAAAAAAAACUUCACAAACACAAGUAUGUUGUGAGCAGACAGCGACAAUAGUGCAAUAUAUUGUUUAAAAUGAAGUUGUCCUGUGUCCAUUGGUUUAACUGAUGGGAGUGAAGUCCCAGAUCAGCAAUAACAGACAGUCUUCAUUGUGCGUUUAUACUUACUCCUUAAUGUGUUGGUCAAUGUUGAAGACACAAAUGUGUCUGCAUAAUGACAGUGACGUCUUUGUAGGUCAGACAUGUUUGAUUUAAAAACAAUAAAAAAAAAAGGGGGGAAGGUGGGACAAAUUGUUUUGUGUCAUAAAAAUGUUCAGUCAUGUCACAGAAUGACGAGCACGAGGAUUUGUGUUCAAAAUCACAUUCCAAACAUUAAGUCACACUGAGGUAGAGAUUACAAACCGUGCAGAGAACUGAGAUGAAGUAAUGUUUUUAAAAAGCCCUGAUCCCUGUGUGAAAGCCCCAUCACCAUACACCCGACAGUGUUUACCUGGUCUGUAGAGUCCAGUUUGUCCUGUAGGUAAUGGCACAAAUUUAUGUUGGGAGGGGGGCUAUGAUGAUAAAAUCAGUCUUUUCUCCAUAUGCUAUGUUUUAUUUAUUUUCUCCUUCAUUCCACAGUGUCUUGUAAAAACAUUCCUGAUAUUUCAGACAUUCCACCAGACCUGCUGCCGGUCGCACACGAGCUUAGUUAUUUACAGUAGGCCUCAGUCAAUGCCUUGGUAGCAUUACAAAACAUCAUGAUGAAUAAUUUAAAUUUGAUGUUGUUGUUAUAACCCAGAAGUAGAUGUUAGAAUGAAUCGAAUAUACACAGAAAUUCAUCACAUUACAAUAGCUGUAGGUGUAACCAAGGUUUUCUAAACCAGCUUUUUGCCACUGUUAUUAAGCUAUCUAAACACGAAAGAACAUUUAAUCCUGAAUGUGUGCGUUCAUGUGGCGUAGAUGAAGGAAUUUAGCUUUUAUUAGCACUUUGUGAACUCUGUAAUCAUGUUGAAUAUAUUAAAAAUCAUCCAAGGACACAGUGUGGUACAAUGAGGUCAUCUGUAGAGCACAUUUAUUGAACUUCCUGUGAUUUUAAUGUACUUGUAAACUGCCUUUGCCAGACUGUUCAGUGUUAGCAGAUAAUUAGCAACCCAGUAAUGUAUCAACAUCCGAUCCAUUAUCAGAGCAGUUAUCCAGUCAAACCAAAGAACAGUGCUAUUAAUAGUAGACAAGGGGUUACAUUCUUUUUUAAUUACUGCAUUCGUUAUUUAUUUUAAAAUUCUCAGGUAUUAGAGCUUUAAGUUUAAAUAGAUGUUUAAACCAUAACUAGCCGUAAAUGAUUCACCCUCUCUGAGCUAAAACAACCAUUUAAAAGUCAGGGGCCUAACAAGCCUGUGCCAGUCUUUAUUUAUAAAUGCCAUAUUUCUUGUUUGGCUCACAAAUAUUCCAGAAAGCUACAAUGACUGCCCCUGUAUAGAAUUCUCCCAGCAACAAAACAUCAUCCACGUGCUGUGCUUCAGACUACCAGUGAGUCAGACCACCCUUCACGUCUUGACCACAAACAGCAUCAUAACCCACUGACCAUCAGCUUGUAAAUACCAGUCGACUGUGCUCCAAACAGCUUCUAGACCACUGCCCAAACCAACUGCCCAGGUCAUGUGUAAUCAAUAGUUUGUCGUUGAGUAAGCCUCUUUGGUUUGAAGUCACUCACUUAUGCCACUCAAACAUCCAUUAUGAUAAAAACUGCCUGAAACAUAUGCCACUUGAAAAAAAUUACUCCUUUGAUGUGACUUGAAUGUAACUGUCUGUUUCUUUCUCCUCGCAUUUGUCUCUCUCUGUUCUGCUUGUGUUGAGAAAAUGCAGUGCUUUUUUCUUUACAGUCUGUAGCUGUCCUGUUUCUGUCCUCUGGUUGUUGGUAUUUUGAGGGGAAACAAUGUUGAUUUGGUGCAUUCGUUUGUACUGCGAAAUCUUCUCUCUCUGUGUCUCUGACUAUUUGUUGACAAAAUUUAUGCAUGCUUAUUGUGUGCGAUGUAGUCAAGGUUGUUGAUAUAGUCGUUUCGUGUCCUCCACCUGUUAACCUCACUGCAUGCCAUUUUAGACAGAUGUUUCAGUCUAACUUUCCUGCAAAAAUGGAAUCACUGCACAGUCUGAGAAUAAAGUGAUUUCAUAUGA